AUUGCUCUCCUCAAUUAUUAGUGAUAUAAAUAUUUGUAGCUACCGGUCAUUUUUUCCUCUCCCUCUCUCUAAGCAAACUAAAACAAAACAAGAAUUAUAAAGCUAUGGCUGGUAUGCUUCCCGGAGUUGAGUGCGCGAGGAGGCGGCGUUUUCACGGCGGUGGUCCACCGAUUGACUUAUCCAACACGGCUGCUGUGGCGGCAGCUGCCAGACACGUCUGGACUCGGCGACCAUCGUUCUCUCUCUACACUACCAAUAACGAGAGUCACCAAGCCUAUGUCUCCUUCUCGGAGAGAAAUGUUAGGAACAAAUCUUACGGAGAAGAUCAUAACGACGAGAAGCUUGACGGAGCGGCCAAAGAGGCUAAGGAGAGGCUGGAUGAGCGGCUCAGAAACCCGCGAAAAAGUUCAGGCAAGAGAAAAUCGAUAAAUUGGAGCAAAAGAAAGGUAAAUCUCACGGAGAGUUACCGAGGGAGGUGGUUGGGUUGAAGAAGAGCCGAGGAAAGCUAAUCGAGUGGUUCGGGUGGCGAAUCCGGCAACAACAAGAUUGUGCUAUAUGUCUAGACCAGUUCAAGACGGGUGAGACAUUGGUUCACCUACCAUGUACCCAUAAGUUUCACUCCAUAUGUGUAUUGCCUUGGCUAGACACCAAGGUGUAUUGCCCUUACUGUAGAAUGGAUAUUUGGAACUAAAUGCAAUAGUUGUAACGUCAUAUUUCUUU